UUCCUGUGUUUAUCCUCCCAGCAGCCUCCAUUCCUGGGCAACUUUCUGUGUAUCCUCCCAGCAGCCUCCAUUCCUGGGUAACUUUCUGUUUGGAGCUUGUUAUUGGCAUUUCUUUUGUCGGACACUGAGGGGCCUUUAUUUAACAAGCUCAGCGGUAAAAUCACAUCACCGUGGGCACCAACCGUCCUUUCAGCAGCACUAAAAUUGCCCCAGAGCGGCAGUGAGCCGGAAGCACUAUGGGUUGUGCCAGGCAGAGCAGAAUGGAAGCCGGGGAGCCCCAGGACUGUACCUCCUGGUUACCUGAUGAGUUGGCAUUGCGCAUCCUCUCGUACCUUGAUGCCAAGGAUAUCAUGCAGGUGGCGCAGACUUGCCAGCGCUGGAGAGAGUUGGCUGAGGAUGAAGGCCUGUGGCAGGGAAAGUGCAAGGCUGAUGGGAUUGAGGAGCCGCUGCACAUAAGCACAGCUACAGGCUCUAGGCCCCGCCCAUGGAAAAGCACUUACACCAAUCAGCUCAGGGUCGAUACCAACUGGCACCGAGGGAGAUUCAGAACAAUCACACUGGAUUUACUUAGGGAUUAUCUCGACCUACACCGUGUGGGGUUUAAUGGGAAGGAAUUGGUUUGUACAAUACAUUAUGAAAUAAUAAAGGUCUGGUCGGCAGUUACAGGCGAGUGUCCAAGGACCCUUGUGGGAGACAGAGCUAGUGUCACAGCAGUGCAAAUGAGAGAUCACAUGAUUGUUAGUGGAUAUGAGGAUGGUACAGUAAAAGUAUGGAAUGCAGAGAGCGGGGAAUGUAUCCACACGCUGGGCGGCCAUACUUCUCACAUACACAAUGUGCAUCUCCAUGAGCAAAGAGCAGCGAGUUGUUCUUCAGAUCGCACCAUCCGGGUUUGGGACAUUGAGGCAGGACAGUGCUUACACACCCUAUUGGGGCACGAAGCUUCUGUCAUGUGGGUUUGGUAUAAUGGCCGAAGGUUGGUGAGUGAAGAUUUGUGCCAUAUAGUGAAAAUGUGGGACCCUGAGACAGAAACCUGUCUGCGCUCUGUUUGUCUGCACUCCGGUGCAUUCAUUACAUUUGUACAGUUUGAUGGGAAGCACAUAGUCAGCCUUCUAUGCCCGGGCAGAACCAUAGGCGUUUGGGACGGGGCGACAUUAGAGCGCACUCGCACAAUAACUGGGAAUGAGCCCUACACGACUUUGAUGACUCUGAAGAACAGCAUUCUGGGAGUGGUAAAUAGCGGCCGCGCUGCUGAAAUAUGGAACGUCGAAACAGGGCAGCGCUUGAAUCUCCUGCAGGAUCCCGAUGGAUUCGACCCAUAUGCCCAUGACUUAGCUCUCCGGGGGGAUUUCCUCAUAGGCAGGACUGGCACUGGGAGGGUCACAUUGUGGGACUGGAGAACGGGGCAAUUUCUGCAGAAUCUGUUUGUUCCUAAGAGAGAAGAAACUCUUGCUCCUCAUUUACUCGUCUCUAACACAAAGUUAGUCUUUUCGGUUGCAUCGAAAUGGGGAGCACUGGCAUAUUGGCCACACAAGGUGCUGGUUCUGGACUUUGAUGUGAAGGAACGGGCAAAAAAAAAAAAUCCGUUCAGUGUUCUAAGCUGGGUGAUCCCCUCCUAAGUUCUGUGUGCCGGCACCUGGGCCAACACAAUAUAUUCAGGCUGGCCAACUACGUCCUACAACUGCCCCUUCCUAUGAUCCCCUUACAGUACAGUUAAGGUGGCCUUAUACUGUUCUCUGUUCAUACACUGGUCUCCCAAUGUUAGGCCAGAUCUUGGUCAGAUAGGCCCAUCGGCGAUGCCCAUACACAAGUCCCACAGCUGCCCCUUCCUAUAUGCCCAUUGCGCCAGAAAUAACUCCAGUUUUAUAGAGUAACUAUCAGAGAUUUUUGGGGCCCAUAUCUAUACAACUGAUACCAGGCAGCCAACCCGCUCCGGGCCCUGGGCCCCCAAACCCUGCUAAAACAGGCUAGUCUGUUAGGAUUAAGGGGCAGUUAUGCAGUGCUAGGG